CGGGAUGACGCACGUUUACGCGCAGUGACUCACGGGAAGAAAGGUCAAGAAUCGAUUGGUGCUGAAGAUGAGCAUUAGCCCUGUUAAGAAGAUUAAUAUUUUUAUACCACUAAUCUGUCCGCUAGAGUAAACAGAACUACCCGGUUCUGCCUGGUAAAACCCAGAUGGGCCCAGACAGCGCGGCGCUGUGACUGACUACCUGGUUACCUAACGCCGCUCGCUCUCGGCUUUUAGCUGCAUUGUUAUUGUUUCCUGUCUGCUGCUCUGAAACGGGGACCCGAGGGAUGGUUUUUCAUCGGGUUCGGGAAGAUGGAUGAGAAGUCCACCAGCAGCCACCAGCGGCUCCUCCUCUUCCUGCUCAUGGUGGCGGUUUUCGGCGUUUUUAUGAUCCAGUAUGCCUGUCCCAGCAGCUCCGAGUGCCAAAUGCUCCACCAGCUGGGGGCCUGGUUCACCCUCGGGGGCGGACCUGGCAUCCGAAUCGGUGAGUCGCAGGACGGGCUCCAGAAGGACCCCUACAUCGCAGAAGACGGCGCUUUGGCCCGAUUUGUCCCUCGUUUCAACUUCACCAGCGCCGACCUGAACCGAGAGGUGGACUUCAACAUCAAAGGGGAUGAUGUCAUUGUAUUUCUGCACAUCCAGAAAACGGGGGGCACAACUUUUGGCCGACACCUGGUGCGUAACAUCCAGCUGGAGAGGCCCUGUGAGUGCCACGCAGGCCAGAAGAAGUGCACCUGCCUGCGGCCAGGUAAGAAGGAAACCUGGCUCUUCUCUCGGUUCUCCACCGGAUGGAGCUGCGGGCUUCAUGCGGACUGGACUGAGCUGACCCACUGUGUCCCAUCACGCAUGGACUCCAGAGAGGCCCAGAAAAACCAGCCAAGUAGAAACUAUUACUACAUUACGAUCUUAAGAGAUCCUGUGUCGCGUUACCUCAGCGAGUGGCGUCACGUGCAACGCGGAGCCACUUGGAAAGCCUCCCUUCACGUGUGCGACGGACGUUCACCGACGCUGUCAGAGCUGCCGAGUUGCUACCCUGGAGACGACUGGUCGGGUUGCUCCCUGCAGGAGUUCAUGGACUGCCCCUACAACCUGGCCAACAACCGACAGACCCGCAUGUUGGCAGAUCUCAGUCUGGUGGGUUGCUACAACGUCUCCGCCAUGGGCGAAGACGAACGCUGGGCGGUGCUUCUGGACAGCGCCAAGCGCAACCUGAAGGGGAUGGCCUUCUUUGGCCUGACCGAGUACCAGCGUAAAACGCAGUACCUCUUCGAGAGAACCUUCAACUUACAGUUCAUCGCACCUUUCACGCAGCUGAACGGGACGCGAGCUUCCAGCGUUGAGGUGCCCUCCGAGACGCAGCAAAGGAUUCGCCAGCUAAACCGGUGGGACGUGGAGCUGUAUGAGUACGCCCGUGACCUUUUCCUGCAGCGCUUCCAGGUGGCGAGACAGCAGGAGCGCAGGCAGGCCAGGGAGCGGCGACAACAGGAGAGGAGGCGGCUCCGGGGGAGAUUCUCAGCAAAACAAGGACGGCGGCCGAGGCCGACUGAAACGACGCGCUCGACCGAAGAGCGUCGAGCGGAGGACAGCCUGGAGUCAGAAGUGCUUCUGUCAGACUGGUGGGAUGUAGAUGAGAACAGCACCAUGGAGGACUACAUAGGCAACGUGGAGCAGUGGUAGCAGACGAAUGUCUUUGUAGGAGGCGUACCAAGAUUUGCCUUGUCAGUUUUUGCUAAUUCAGGUUAUUUUCAGGCUUCUUCUCUUAUUCUUUUGUGACAAUGAAAUGUUUUAAAUGUGA